AUGUGCACCACUGCAGCGUCUGCCGUCUGCAUCAGCAGUGAUGGCGAGGCGCUGACCACGUUGGCAAUCUUCGCGGAGGCUGUGUCUGGAUCGCAUGUGCUCCUGAUCAAGGGGUUCUCCCUGACCAAGGGAAACGGCAACGGCAAGUUCUUCAGAUCCAGCUCAUUCACUGUGGGUGGCCAGCGCUGGUAUAUGAAAUUCUACCCCGAUGGUGAUCGAUCAAAACGUGCCGAUUGGAUAUCGCUCUAUGUGCAGCUCGAUGAUAGCGACGAUGUGGAAGUGAAGGCUCGACUCAAAUUCAGCGUACUUGACGACAUGGGUGGAUCCGUGCCGACGUUUAGUCGGGAAUCCUCCUCUUUGGAUAUCUUCUGCUCCAAACAUGAAUCCUGUGGUUUCACCAAAUUCGUUGCAAGGAAGGACCUGGAGGAAUCGUCUUAUCUGAAAGAUGACUGCCUUAAAGUAAGGUGCGAUCUCACCGUCUCAAAGAACAUCCGAGCAGAGGCCCACCACACAGUUUGUCCUCCGUCCAGCAUGCACCAGCAUUUUGGCUGGCUCCUCUCAGACGCAGUGGGGGCCGACGUCACAUUUGAGGUUGCUGGAGAGGUGUUCGCCGCACACAGGUGUGUGCUGGCUGCAAGGUCAUCGGUUUUCAUGGCCGAGCUCUUUGGCCACAUGAAGGAGAAGACAAUGAAAUGUAUACGGAUCCAAGACGUGGAAGCAAGUGUGUUCAAGGCUAUGCUCCACUUCAUGUACACUGACACCAUGCCUGACAUUGAUAAGGAGGAUGCGUUUGUGAUCACCCAGAAUUUACUUGUAGCAGCUGAUAGAUAUGGUCUAGAGAGACUCAAACUGAUUUGUGAGGACAAGCUCUGCGAGUGCAUGGACACAAGCACUGUGACAGCUACACUGGAGCUCGCUGGGCGCCAUGGUUGCCAUGGGCUCAAGAAGGCAUGUUUUGAGUUUCUGAAGUUGCCUAACCAUCUGAAGACAGUCAUAGCGACUUUGGGCUUUGAUCAUCUAAUGACUACUUGCCCGUCUCUUAUCAAGGAGCUGCUGGCCAAGGUCGCUACCUGUCCAUGA